AUGUCAGGUGACAAGGAGCAGAAGGAGCAGGAACAGAGGAACAACGACUUGGCGCUUUUGAUUCGGAAGUUCAAGUUUGCUAAAGUUCUGGACUCGAAUCCGCAGGCGAAGGUCAUCUCGUUGCAAGGUACUAUUGACGGGCAGGAUGCGAUUGUGACCGCAGAGAAGACCCACUUUGCCUUCGACGAAACGGUGCGGAGGCAGAGCGAACACGGGGAGAGCUUGCCCCUUUUCUACCACUGUGAGAACGAGUACUCGUGUAUCAACGGGGUCGAGCAGUUGAAGGAGCUUACGUCGAACGAUAUUUACCACUGGGGGUUGGCUGUCAUCAAGCAGGACAUUGAAUACAACCCAACAGCCAAGUUGAAUCUGAUCUGGCCUGCGACUAAAGUGCACAUCAGAAAGUACGAGCAGCAAAACUUCCACAUGGUGAAGGAAACUCCUGAAAUCUACGAGAAAGUCGUCAAACCUUACAUCGACGAGAUGAGCAACCCGGAAAGAUUGAAGUGGGUUUACAACAUCUUGUACGAGGGGGCAGAGGAGAACCAGGUCGUCUACAAAGAUUACUCCGAGGAGAAACCCAAGGACGGCUUUGUUAUACUGCCAGACAUGAAGUGGGACGGUAUAAAUGUCGACUCAAUGUACCUGGUUGCCAUCGCAUACAGAGACGACAUCAAGUCCUUGAGGGACUUGAAGCCCACACACAUAGAGUGGUUGACAGCUUUGAACACCAAGAUUAAAUCCGUCAUCCCAGCAUGUUAUAACUAUGCAGUGUCCCCGGACGAACUGAGAAUCUUCGUUCACUACCAGCCAUCGUACUACCAUUUCCACGUCCAUAUUGUGAAUGUUAAGUUUCAAGGCUCAGGGAACGGCAUUGCUGUGGGCAAGGCGAUUUUGCUGGACGAGAUUAUCGAGCUGUUAAACUACCUAGGUCCAUCCGGGUUUGAGGGCAAGACCAUUCCAUAUGUCAUCGGUGAAAACCAUGACUUGUGGGCUCGCGGUCUCGAUGAAGAAGUCAGAAAUCAAAUGAAAGAGGAAGGGAUUCCAAAGGCCCCUAAGAUCAUCGAGAACUUCACCAUGGACCAACAAUCAUAG